GCAAAUGCGCAGGUUACAGGUCACAUGAUCAAACUACUCACUGUUUUCUGUCAUCGCAAGAAUUUCAGAGACAAAAUGUUACACAAAAUAAUAAAUUUGACAGUCAGGGAUGUGAGGUUCCCAACGUCCUUGGACCAACACGGUUCAGACGCCAUGCACACGGACCCGGAUUAUUCAGCCGCAUAUGUUGUUCUCGACACGGACUCCGGUUUGACAGGCUUCGGCCUCACAUUCACCCUCGGAAAAGGCACCGAGAUUGUGGUGUGUGCUGUGGAGGCACUGGCUCGGCUGGUUGUUGGGAAGUGUUUGCAGGAGAUUGUGAGUGAUUUCCGUGGGUUUUACCGCCUCCUGACCAGUGACAGUCAGAUGAGAUGGUUGGGACCAGAGAAAGGAGUGAUCCACCUGGCCACCGCUGCAGUCCUGAAUGCUGUGUGGGACCUGUGGGCUCGGACGGAGGGCAAGCCGCUGUGGAAGCUGCUUGUUGACAUGGAGCCUAAGCAGCUGGUAUCCUGCAUCGACUUCAGAUACAUCACUGAUGUGCUCACGGAGGAGGAGGCUUUAGAUUUACUCGUGAAAGCACAGGAGGGCAAGCAGCACCGAGAGGAUCAAAUGCAGAAAGAGGGUUAUCCUGCCUACACCACCUCCUGCGCUUGGCUUGGAUAUCCAGACGAGCAGCUGAAACAGCUUUGCACAGAUGCACUAAAAAGUGGUUGGACCAGGUUUAAAGUGAAGGUGGGUGCAGAUCUAGAGGACGACGUCCGCAGAUGUCGUAUCAUAAGACAAAUGAUUGGACCUGAUAACACUCUGAUGAUCGAUGCCAACCAGAGAUGGGACGUGGCUGAGGCUAUCAGCUGGGUGUCCAAGUUGGCUGAGUUCAGACCUCUGUGGAUCGAGGAGCCCACGUCCCCGGACGACAUCCUGGGUCAUGCUGCGAUCUCUAAAGCUUUGGCUCCACUUGGGAUCGGAGUGGCAACAGGAGAACAGUGUCAGAACAGGGUGAUGUUCAAGCAGUUCCUCCAGGCGUCAGCGUUGCAGUUCGUCCAAAUAGACAGUUGUCGUCUGGGCAGCGUCAACGAGAACCUGGCUGUGCUGCUGAUGGCCCAUAAGUUUAAUGUUCCCGUUUGUCCUCACGCUGGAGGAGUCGGCCUGUGUGAGCUCGUCCAACAUCUCAUUUUGUUCGACUACAUUUGUGUGUCUGCGGACCUCCGUAAUCGGAUGUGUGAGUACGUGGACCACCUCCAUGAGCAUUUCACCUGUCCUGUCGUUAUUCAGGACGCCCACUACAUGCCACCCAAGGAUCCAGGGUAUUCUUGUGAGAUGCUGGAGUCAACAGUGCAGAGACAUCAGUACCCUGAAGGCAACGUUUGGAAGAAUAUGAAGAAAUGACACCUUUGCUUUUAAAUAUAAUGACAAUCAGUUAUUUGUAAUGAAAAAGGCCAUUAUAUCAUCAAACUGUCUAGUUUUGAGGUGAAUAAUCAGACUAAAUGCAAAAAGGCUGACAAUAAAUGUAGAUUUUAUUUACACAAGAAUCACACUUAAGAUAAAAUAAAUUUUUUACAAGCAUUCAACACAGAAAUCCAAUUAUAGAAAACUUAAAACAUGAGUCUGUUUCUCAGUCUGAGUAUUAAAAGGAAGGACUUUGUCCAGGACACAAGUAUGAACAUGUAACGCAUUAACUAGACUGUUUUUAUGACCUGGUUGAACUGACCUUUAAAACCAGUGAAUGUAAAAGAAAAUCAAAAGAAAACAACUGAUUAUUGAUCACAUUUUCUAAAAGCUGCAUCGCCAUUUCUAACAGAUUUCUUCCCUUAAUCGUGGACAGGUUUGGAGUUUACACGGCCAUCUGCAUUUUGAUGGUGGGAUGUGGGUUGUAGUCACAGAUCUCAAAGUCUUCUGCGCGGAAAUCAUCGAUACGCUCCACUUUUCUCAGGAUCUUCAAUUUUGGGAAGGGGCGGAUUUCUCUCUUAAGCUGCAAAUAUAGAUAAGCCUGUUAAAUUAAAAGACCGAGUGGAAAGAGACUCAGAAGCAGUUUUUGUAUAAACAAACCCACCUGGACUUUGAGAGGCUCUAUGUGGUUAACGUAGACGUGAGCGUCUCCCAGAGUAUGAACGAAAUCACCAGGCUUUAAAAAGGAAAAAACAGUGAGAAAAGAGCACACUUAAUGAAAGGGUGUCAAACAUAUGGGCCAAAACUGGACCACCAAAGGGUCCGAUCUGGCCCUUGGGAUGAAUUUGUGAAGUGCAAAAAUUACGACAUUUUUAUUUCAGGAGACACAUACAAACCAGUUCAAUCUCAAAUGGGUCAGACCAGUAAAAUACUAUCAUAAUAACCUAUAAAUAUUGUUUUAGUGUUAAAAAAAAUAAAUAAAU